UGUGUCUGAUAAUCUCGCCAGUUGCUUUCGCUGAGGAAAAUAUAGCCUUUUCUUUCUGUUUCACCAAGUGGGGAAAAAUACUGUGAAGUGAAGUGAAUUAUUUGCAGUGCAAAUCAAUCUAUUAAAUUGCGGAAAAAAGGGGUUUCGAUCAAUCGAUUUGCUACUGAAAAAGUGAGUCUUCCAGUGGUUACGAACAACAGAAGACGGAAAAAUAAGUGAAAACAAUCCUUUAGAUCGAUAUUUGUGUUUAAAUAGAAUCUAAGUUUCGAGCGAUGGCUGCUCCAGCUCCCGUGAAAAAAGUUCCAAUCCACUUACAGAGUGCACAAAACCGUCUGUACAUCAAACGAGGUCACGUGGUAAAUCAUGAUGGUAUGCAGCAGGCAGACGUUUACAUCGAGGACGGAACAAUCAGAUACGUCGGCACCGGUGCGGACUUUGUCGUUCCCGGAGGCUGCCGCACGAUAGACGCUGCCGGCAAGUUGAUCCUUCCGGGUGGUAUCGAUCCGCACACACACUUCCAGCUGGAGUUCGGGGGCACCGUGUCGGUCGAUGACUUCUACCAGGGCACCAAAGCGGCUGUCGCCGGUGGCACCACCACAGUCAUCGAUUUUGUCAUUCCAAAGAAGGGCGAAUCCCUGCUGGAAGCCUACGACACGUGGCGAGAACGAGCGGACUCGAAAGUAGUCUGCGAUUACGGACUGCACGUCGCCAUCACCUGGUGGUCGAAAUCGGUGCGGGAUGAGAUGAAGAUCCUGUGCGAGGAACGAGGCGUUAACUCGUUCAAAUGCUUCAUGGCGUACAAGGGACUGUUUCAGGUGACCGACAGUGAGUUGUACGAAAUUUUCGAAACCUGCAAGGAGCUCGGUGCGGUGGCGCAGGUCCACGCCGAAAACGGUGACGUGAUUGCCAAGAACGUACAGAAACUGCUGGCGGCGGGCGUCACCGGGCCCGAGGGACACGAGCUGUCCCGCACGGAAGAGGUGGAAGCCGAAGCGGUCAACCGAGCCUGCGUGAUUGCACAUCAGACUAAAUGUCCUCUGUACGUAGUGCAUGUGAUGAGCAAAUCCGCCGGUAUCGAGGUAGCACGUGCUCGUCGCCGGUACGACGGUGUAGGUAUCUACGGUGAAACACUAGCAGCUGCCCUGGGAACCGACGGUACGCACUACACGGACAAGUGCUGGCACCAUGCCGCCGGUCAUGUCCUCAGUCCUCCGCUCAGGCCGGACCCAACUACGCCGGAAUUUAUGAUGAAAUUACUCGCCCAAGACGACUUGCAAACCACUGGCAGCGACAACUGCACAUUCAACAAGAACCAAAAAGAACUCGGCCGUGACGAUUUCACCAAAAUCCCGAACGGCGUCAAUGGCGUUGAGGACCGCAUGUCGGUCGUCUGGGAGAAGGGAGUCCAGACGGGACUGAUCGAUCCGCAGCGUUUCGUUGCCAUCACCAGCACGAAUGCGGCCAAAAUCUUUAACCUGUAUCCGCGCAAGGGGCGCAUAGCGCCCGGUUCCGACGCGGACGUACUUAUCUGGGAUCCAAAAGCGGUACGCACCAUUUCCGCUUCGACACACCAUCAAGCGUGCGAUUUUAACAUUUUCGAGGGAAUGAAGUGCCAUGGCGUGCCGGACUUCGUGAUCGCACACGGCCGGGUCUGCAUGGAGGACGGUGUUCUGCGGGUUGCCGAAGGUCAGGGCAGUUUUCUGGAAACUCCCGUCAAUCCGCCGUUCGUGUACGAUGCUCUGAACGGCAUCACCGACCGGAACGGGGACGACAAGAGCGCUCGCAACGGGCUGCAGAAUCUGGAUCUGAACCAGAAGCACGACGUGGACAUUCCGGAGCCGUACGCUCUGCCGGACAAGUACAUUCCGGGACCGGCGCUGAGCAUCGUUUCGGGAGAUUCGCAGAUCAGUACGCCGCACAGUGCUCGCGGCCACCGGCCGGACGGAUCUAAGGAUAUGCAACAAUCAACGUUUUCCAUCAGCGAGGAACUCGACGGUGGCGAAAAGCGUUCCUGUAUCCGAGUCAAGAAUCCGCCGGGUGGCAAAUCGUCCGGAUUCUGGUAAACUGCUGCGUUAAACACUUCCGAACAAAUUUAUCCUAUAUUUAUUAGCACGCAGCUGAAGAACAUAAAGUAUCUAAAAUUUUCAUACUCUCAACAAACCAAAAUAAAUCGUGUACCGUUAGGCAAGUAGUUAUGCAAACAAUUUACUCUAAUUGCGUAUCGGCUACUAGUAGAAGCUACUAUAUGACGUGUAAUAAUAACUUGAACCAAAAAAACAACACAAUAAAACGUACUAAACACGCUGCAUGUUCCCCUUUCCUUGCGCACGGGUUUGACAGUUUAAUACGGUUAGAAGAGCUUUAACUUAUUUUUUUUUUAUUUAUUUAUGUAACUUUAAAAUCGCAAAAGUGACACAUAUUACAUCCGUAAUAUUCAAACUUUCGAGCAGGCUGAGAUGUGCAAUCAAUUUUCGACCUAAUUAAUGUAAGGAUUCCCUCAAAAUUAGACCACUCAUUCGUUUGCACCGCCAAAAGUGACGCACAACCAUAACCAGAAGAAGAAAAAGAACCGCCGUAAGCGUAACCCGCGUAGCGAAUCAUAUAAUCUUUGGAAAAGCAUGAUAUACAUACUACAUAUAUUCUACUCACCCCAACACGUAACAAAGACAAGUGUACCUUUCGUAAGUAGCAGCAGUUGCAAUUAAGUUUCUUUUUAUGAUUACUUGUAGGUAAAAAUGAAAAACUGUUAAAUGUUUCCUGUAAGCUUAGCUAAAUGUUCAAACCCACGCCCACUGCGCAGCUAUUUUGUCAGCAAAUUGGAUUCUAUUUAUUACAUUUAUCUACACCCUCCGGUGGGCUGGUGGGCGUGGAGGCGAUAGUUUUUUUUUAGGUUGCGUUUGUGUUGAACAAAAUGCUAAAUUAAGGAAAAAAAAUAAACAAUCUAGUACUAAAUAUAUAAUUAAACUAGGAUUAACCGUAGAGUGACUUUUGUAUUUGU